CCUCCCUUCUCUUUGCCCGCGUCGGCUCGGCUCGAAUCCAAUCCCUCAAAUAAUACGCACCGGCACCCAUUUGCGCCAUGCUGCCGCCGCGGCCGGCGACCACGAGCCAAGAACACGCGCGGCGUCCCUGAGCCACCAGGACAGCAAAAACGAUUCCUUUCUCUCUCGGAUCCCAGCUUUCCCCAAGCGUGCGCGCGAAUUCUCUCCUCUCGCCUCGCCCAGCGCCGUUGCUCUUGUGCUAAAGAUCCAUGGAGGGGUGCCAAUUGCUAGUAGGCUGUAGGAUGGAGAUGGAGGAGGAGACGUUCUUUGACUCGCGAGAGGAGCUCACGGCGUCGCCGGCGCACAGCCCGGGCCAGGCAUUGCCGUGGUCGGGCAGCCUCGACAGCGUGUGGCAGAGGAGGGAGCGGUUCAUGAGAAGCAUGGGCCUGGAGUGCAGCCCGAGCCCCCGGAAAGCCGAUGCUGCGGCCACCGUGGGCGAUGUUGAGAAGGAGGAGGUGGUGCCGGAGUUUGGGAGAUUGUGGUCGCAGUCCGAUGAGAACGACUGCUCCAUGUCGAGUUGGUCCACGGAGGAUACGGGGAGCUAUGAGGAUGGUGCCUCUGAUGACAAUUCCAUGAGUGGAUCCAGCAGGGAUGAUGCUAGUAGCAAGGUCGGCAGGAGUUUCAGUUCAUUGUCGUUCAUCCAGAGGCUCGUGAGCCGCAGUGGUAAGCUUUCUGGUGUUCCCAAGGCGGUUGAGAGGAGGAGAAAUGGAUGGCUUCGGAGGCUGGGCUUGAGGGCUAGUGUCCUCGAUCACGGAGGCGAUGAAGCUAGCACCAGCUCCUCGGAGAGUGAGCAAAACAGGGGUGGAAGGUAUGAAAGGGUCAAGGUCCGGUGCUACCGGAAGCGGUCAAAGGAAUUGUCAGCAGUUUAUCAAGGCCAAGUGAUCAAGGCCCACGAUGGUGCCAUCCUGACUAUGAAGUUUAGUCCUGAUGGGCAGUUUCUUGCAAGUGGAGGCGAAGAUGGAGUUGUCAGGAUCUGGGGUGUGACACAGUCUGAGGACUGCAAAAUUCCCAUGGAUGAUCCUUCCUGUGUUUACCUCAAAGCUCAUCGCAAGAGUGGAUUGGCUCCUGCCGAUGCUGAGAAUGGGAAGAAAUGCAAAGUCAAGGGUGUCAAGCAAUCUGCUGAUUCUGCUUGCGUUGUGAUUCCCGCCAUGGUGUUCCAGAUCUCAGAGGAACCAUUGCAUGAGUUCCGUGGUCACUCUGGUGACGUACUGGAUCUGUCAUGGUCUAACAAUAAGCAUCUAUUGUCAGCAUCAACAGACAAAACUGUUCGCUUGUGGGAACUUGGAUCUGCAAACUGUGUCACUGUUUUUCAUCACAGCAACUUUGUGACUUGUGUACAGUUCAAUCCAGCCAAUGAGAGUCGAUUCAUCAGUGGAUCAAUAGAUGGCAAAAUCCGUGUAUGGGAUAUUCUUAAAUGCAGCGUUGUGGAUUGGGUGGAUAUUAGGGACAUAGUAACAGCGAUUUGUUAUCAACCUGAUGGAAAGGGAGCAGUGGUUGGAACCAUUACCGGGAAUUGUCGGUUUUAUGAUGCAUCAGAUAAUCUACUGCGGUUUGAUACACAAAUUGCGCUUAAUGGCAAGAAGAAAUCUUCUUUUAAAAGAAUCAUUGCUUUUGAGUUCUGCCCAAGCAACCCAAGUAAAUUAAUGGUUACAUCUGCCGACUCGAAGAUCAAAAUUCUUGAUGGAACCAUUGUGACUCAGAAUUAUAGUGGACUUCGAAGCGGCUCCUGCCAGUCAUUGGCAACAUUCACUCCAGAUGGGCAACACAUAGUUUCUGCUAGCGAAGACUCCAAUAUUUAUGUCUGGAGCCAUGAAAACCAACAUGAGGCUUCAUUGAAACAUGCAAAAACCAUAUGGUCCUCGGAGCGCUUCCACUCCAACAAUGCAGCCAUUGCAAUACCAUGGAAUGGCCAGAAACCAAGCAACCCAGUUUCUUUGGCCUCUCAAAUUUUGCCACCACAAGGUGAUAAUUUCUGGUGCAUGAGUAAGGCUGUCAAGUGCAAUUCAAGCCGCAGUGAAGAUUCUGCCAUUAACAAUUUUGUGUCAAGAUUUGCUCCUGGCAUUUUCAAUUUGAAUCAGGAGUUCUCCACUGAGUCCACUUGCAGGAGUUCAGCUACCUGGCCAGAGGAGAUUCUGCCUUCUCACUCAAUUCGUGCAAUUUUGGAUGAGUCACAGUACAAGUUCCUAAGGAACUGUUUCCAGAGCACAUCAAACUCUUGGGGUCAAGUGAUAGUUACUGCAGGAUGGGAUGGCAAGAUUAGGUCAUUCCAGAAUUAUGGCUUACCAGCUCAUCAGUGAUCAGCUUGAGCAUUUGGUGAAAGUAUACGGCAGUUUUGGCACCUCACAUGGCCUGAAGAGAAGUGCCCGCUCCCCAGCUAUGCUGGUCCAGCGUGUGGUUUCUUGGUACAAGACAUCACAUGCUCAGUGCUCCUGCUGAAUUGUACAUGGACAAAUGUUGUACAUAAUCAACCCGGUGGUCCUUCGAGAUCUCUGCAUCAGCGGUUGUUCAUGGCAGGAACCGUAGAUUGUACCUUUUGUAGAAAAAUUUUAGUGUAGAUCAGAUUUGUUCUUCCCCCCUUAUCAAUUGCUCAUUGAUAUACCACAAAAAUGUUAGUUUCAGCUGGUAUUGCGGGAGCUCGACUGGGAACUGUCAGAUACAUGUCCAAAUAUACAAAAUUCGUUCAUUUUUUAAAAACUGUGUGCCCUGGUCUUC